AUGACUCUCGUCAACAGUGAUCCAAGCCGCAUGAAUUUAAGUUUUUCCGGAUGCGGAUUUUUAUGUCUAUAUCACGGGGGUGUUGCAGCAGCCAUUAAAGAGUACGCCCCACAACUCAUCCAAGAAAACACAAUAUCCGGAGCAUCAGCAGGCGCAAUUGUAGCAGCAGCCCUUGUCACCAAUGUCUGCAUCUCCCAAGCAACAUCAACGAUGCUCCGUAUUGUACGCGAGGCCCGUUCGAGCUCGCUGGGCGUUAUUUCGCCAAAUUUUGAUUUGAUGGGAUUGGUGAGGGAGGAGAUCAAAAGAUAUUUACCGCCCGACGCCUAUAUAAAAUGCUCGGCCCGCUUGAAAAUUUCGGUGACCCGGUGGAGCGACAAGAAGAACGUGAUUCUUGAUGAUUUCAGCUCAAAUGAUGAACUAGUUGAUGCCAUCACUUGCUCGUGCUUCAUCCCUGGAGUAUGCGGCGUCAUCCUCCCCACAUUCCGAGGCGAAAAAUACCUGGAUGGCGGAUUCUCCGAUAAUCUGCCCCAAUUCGAUGAUCACACGGUUACAGUAUCCCCAUUUUCCGGGGAAAGCGACAUCUGCCCACCGGAUUGGGAAUCGGCUAGCUUCUUUGGAAUGAUGUACAGCGAGACGUCGAUCCGUUUCACGACAAUGAACCUAUUCCGGUUGAUAGCCGUUUUGAUGCCGCCAACACUGGAGGACUGCACAAAGAUGUGCCUUCAGGGUUUCUCGGAUACAGUUCGAUUCCUCACCAAAAAUAGUAUGGCACCUUGCAUCAAAUGCCUGACGAUCCAGACGAAUAUGGCACAUCCUAUGCCAAAUCCACCGCCGUCUCAGGCUUCUAUGAUCUCGAACACGUCAUCUUCUGAGACUGCCCGUGCCUUUUCUCCCCCCAUUCGAUCAAAAACCAGGACUGCAAAUCAUGCCGCUCAUGCAGCAAGACGAAAACUAGACUCCGAAUGCGAUACUUGUGGCGAUAGCGAGCACAUGCACAAUGCCGAAGAUCUUGUGUUCCCGUCGAUUAUUCAACGGACUUUCGAUGAAGCUCGCAAAGCGGAAGAAACAUUCCUGAAAUGGCUGUGCUCUUUCUGGGUGAUCAAAUGCACACGGAUGGCGUUUGGCAUCUCCAAAUAUCCAUUGGACGUGAUGAUCCUGUUCGCAAAAAGGAUCACCUCCUACAUCCGCUCGAUCGCCAUCCCACAAUGGCUUUACAACAAAUUUGCCGAAAUCGUCGACCUCAUCUAUCAGGAAAUCGACAAGCAGAGGAACCAAUUAUCAGCCAAAUUCUCCUGCCAAUUGGCCGUCACCCAAACUGGUUACGAAAUGGGUGCCCAAAUCUCCCAUAAGGAGCACUUUGGCGAGAUUGAACUCAACGAAGAUGCUAGAAGAGAAUUGGCUGUGUUGCGCGAAAAGGAGAAGAAGCUUGGGCAAAAGAAAUUGUCGAGGACAUCUCGUUCCUCUCGAACAAGCAUGGAUCAAUCCGAUUCCCGGAAGGCCUCUGUCAUUUCACGAUCUCCGACUAUUGGCUCUCAACACGCCGAAGAAGAUUCAAUCUCACAAGCCAUCGAAUAUACAAACACUCACGAUGCUGUUUACGCCUUCCAUUAUGUCGAUGAGAACAACAAGGUUCGCAACGUGGAACUGUUCAAUAUGGAUAACAACCAACUCAGCCCACCACUUCCGGCAUUGAAUCGUGGCGUAAGCAACCCUUUGCCCGAGGAAGACGAGGAAGAUUACGAAAUGGAGGAAGCCCUGCCCUCCACCUCAUCUCUUCCAGUCCCGAUAAUCGAAAAGAAAGGCGACGAAAAUGACUCUGGUCUAUCGGUGGAAGAGAGUGCAGCCAGUUCCAAAAGGGACGCUUGCUGUUCGCCUGUACGCCAUCUAUCGCUUUCCAGAACCCGUGGAAGUCAUCAAAAGCGGGGGGCAGCUGCCUUGCAACCAUCUAGAAAGUCGCAAGUUGUAAGUGUGCGUGAUCUGGCUGCUUCCUCGGAUUCUGACGGAGAAGCCGGCGAAACCUUCUUCGUACCCCGUGGCCGUCAACGCACCACGUCGUUAGAAUAUGAAGGUGACCCGGAGCAAAGUGAUAAUGAACCAAAAAGUUCC